AUGGGCAGUGAGCUCCUGGUGAGACUAGAGACGUCCUGCUCCUCUGGCUGGGCAGUGAGCUCCUGUAACAGCAUCAAGAAGACCCAGCCUCCAAUCCCCAUCUCCAAGAUCGACAACAGGCUGGAACAGUACACUCAUGCCAUAGAGACGUCCUCUAAGGAAGCCAAGGCAGCCAGGCAGCAGGCUCUGACGGACCUGCCCAGCCCCACUGAGCCUGUGGCCUCCAAGAAGAACCUGUUUGAGGCCGGGGAAGCUUGGAGCCAGACGUCCAGGGAAACACCUUCCAAGGAUACAGAGGGUCUGAACGUAGGCGUGGCCGACCUCAUCCACCAAUGGGUGAAAGGGAACCCAGACGGAAGCUGCAAAAGCCUCUCCAAGCCAGCAGAGGUGAAGGCCGGUGAUGUUCUGAGCAAGAAGAACCUCUGGGAGAACCUAGGAGACUCUUCCCCGUCUGGGAGAGCAGGGAAGGGAGCUUCCUCUGGUAAAAAGUACAAAUUUGUGAUGAUGGCUCACGGCAAGUAUGAGAAGGUUGCCGUCGGUGAUGAUGAUUACAACGAGCACACAAACGGGAAAUCAACUGGACAAUGACUUGAGGAAUGGUGAAGAACAGACGUUGGACUGUGAUUUACUUCAACGAUCACUUCACAUCAUAUUUAUCAUUCAUUCCAUUUAGCCGACAUAUUCCUCUUAAAAACAACAUUUAGAUCAACAUUUCUGAAGCAUAUGCAGCAUGUUAUGUGUACCAGUGGAUUUUCUCUAUAGCAACACACUGCCAACCUGGUAUAAAAUUAUUCACAAACGGUCAAAAAUAUACAAUUAUGCAAAAAUAUUAAUGUUUGUACUCGUUUAUUUUGGACAAUCUUAUCCAUGAUGUCUUUUAGUGAAUAAUGUGUUUUAAU